CGGGAGCGGAGCGGGAGGCUCUGCGGGACCCAGUCGGACCGAGCAGCCGAGGCACCGCCCGCGCCCCGCCGCCGCGUCUGGGCGUCUCCUGCACCGCCCAGGGGAGCGAGCUCCGAGCCUCUCGCGCUGCGGCCACUCCUCGGGGCCAGGAGCGGGGAACCCUAGAACGAGAAACCCUCAGAGCCGAGCGCAGCCUCUUCCCGCCUCUCGAACCACCAUGACCCACUUCAACAAGGGCCCUUCUUACGGGCUCUCGGCCGAGGUCAAGAACAAGAUCGCUUCCAAAUACGACCAUCAGGCAGAAGAAGAUCUUCGAAACUGGAUAGAAGAGGUGACUGGCAUGAGCAUUGGCACCAACUUUCAGCUGGGCUUGAAAGAUGGCAUCAUCCUCUGCGAGCUCAUAAACAAGCUACAGCCAGGCUCAGUGAAGAAGGUUAAUGAGUCUUCCUUAAACUGGCCUCAGUUGGAGAAUAUUGGCAACUUUAUUAAAGCUAUCCAGGCUUAUGGCAUGAAGCCGCAUGACAUAUUUGAAGCAAAUGAUCUUUUUGAGAAUGGAAACAUGACCCAAGUUCAGACUACGCUGGUGGCCCUGGCAGGUCUGGCUAAAACAAAAGGAUUCCAUACAACCAUUGACAUUGGAGUCAAGUAUGCCGAAAAACAAACAAGACGUUUUGAUGAAGGAAAAUUAAAAGCUGGCCAAAGUGUAAUUGGUUUGCAGAUGGGAACCAACAAAUGCGCCAGCCAGGCGGGUAUGACAGCCUAUGGGACCAGGCGGCAUCUUUAUGAUCCCAAAAUGCAAACCGAUAAACCUUUUGACCAGACCACAAUUAGUCUGCAGAUGGGCACCAACAAAGGAGCCAGCCAGGCGGGGAUGUUAGCACCAGGCACCAGAAGAGACAUCUAUGAUCAGAAGCUAACAUUACAACCGGUGGACAACUCGACAAUUUCUCUACAGAUGGGAACCAACAAAGUUGCUUCCCAGAAAGGAAUGAGCGUGUAUGGGCUUGGGCGGCAAGUAUAUGAUCCCAAAUACUGUGCCGCUCCCACAGAACCGGUCAUUCACAACGGAAGCCAAGGAACAGGAACCAAUGGGUCUGAAAUUAGCGAUAGUGAUUAUCAGGCAGAAUACCCAGAUGAAUAUCACGGAGAGUACCAAGAUGACUACCCCAGAGAAUACCAAUACGGCGACCAAGGCAUUGAUUAUUAGAUUGAUACAAGGAGCUCAGUAUUUAGCCCAUUGUUUUUAUCCAGUGAGAACCAAGCUAGCCUUGAGUAAUUUUUAUCUUGUCUUCCUAAAACACUAUUACGCUUAUUGUACCUAAAAGAAAUAUUGCCUUACACACAUUCCCUCUUCCUUUUUCUGCCUCUUCCCUAAAUAGUUGCCUUUUAGUGCUGUAACCGUUCAAUCCUACAGCAGAAGCAAUAACUCGCGUAUGAAGUAAAAAGGAAUACUGUGAAAGGGGAGUACGCUUGUACAGCCAGUUCUCUUAUCCGAGACCUAUGCAUUUUUACAAUCUACUGAAUAAAAUGGGAUUUUCAAACAAUAGGAAGCUUUUUUUUUUUUUUUAAACAGUUUAGUGUUUGGUUUGGUUUCUACGUGGAGGACUAAACUCUUGCUUAGAGCUACAUGUGGUCUUCGCCAACUAAAUUUCAGACGCGGCAUUUUAGAAAUUUACAUACCAAUGUCUCUACAGUAUUGUUUGCUAAUUUUUAAAUAAAGUCCUGAUCCGUGUGCA